UGUGCUGGAGAAGAGAAUUGGGUGGACAGUCGGACUAUUUAUGUUGGGCAUCGUGAACCACCUCCAGGCACUGAAGCAUACAUUCCACAGAGAUUUCCAGAUAACCGAAUAGUCUCAUCAAAGUACACGUUUUGGAACUUUGUACCGAAAAAUUUGUUUGAGCAAUUCAGAAGAAUAGCUAACUUCUAUUUUCUCAUAAUUUUCCUUGUUCAGUUGAUUAUUGAUACACCUACUAGUCCAGUUACAAGUGGACUCCCACUUUUAUUUGUCAUCACCGUAACAGCUAUCAAACAGGGUUAUGAAGAUUGGCUUCGACAUAAAGCUGACAAUGCAAUGAACCAAUGCCCUGUUCAUUUCAUUCAACAUGGUAAACUGGUUAGAAAGCAAAGCCGAAAAUUAAGAGUUGGAGAUAUUGUAAUGGUAAAAGAAGAUGAAACAUUCCCCUGUGACUUAAUAUUUCUAUCAAGUAGUAGAGGAGACGGAACAUGUUUUGUUACAACAGCUAGUUUGGACGGUGAAUCCAGUCAUAAAACUUACUAUGCUGUUCAAGAUACAAAGGCGUUUCACAAUGAACAAGAAAUCGAUGCACUACAUGCUACCAUUGAAUGUGAACAACCUCAGCCUGACCUUUAUAAAUUUGUUGGUCGAAUAAAUGUUUACCAUGAUAGGAAUGAGCCUACUGCAAGGCCAUUAGGAUCCGAAAAUCUGCUUCUUAGAGGAGCCACUUUAAAGAAUACAGAAAAAAUCUUUGGUGUUGCUAUCUACACUGGCAUGGAAACUAAGAUGGCAUUAAAUUACCAGGCAAAAUCACAGAAGCGAUCUGCUGUAGAAAAAUCAAUGAAUGUAUUCCUUAUUGUUUACCUCUGUAUUCUCAUCAGUAAAGCACUAAUAAAUACUGUCCUGAAGUAUGUCUGGCAGAGUGAACCGUUUCGUGAUGAGCCAUGGUAUAAUCAGAAAACAGAGCCGGAAAGGAAAAGAAAUUUGUUUCUUCGAGCUUUUACAGACUUCCUUGCAUUCAUGGUUCUUUUCAACUACAUUAUUCCUGUAUCCAUGUAUGUCACUGUGGAAAUGCAGAAAUUUCUUGGUUCUUACUUCCUUACAUGGGAUGAGGAAAUGUUUGAUGAGGACACAGGUGAAGGACCACUGGUGAAUACUUCUGACCUCAAUGAAGAGUUGGGACAGAUUGAGUAUGUCUUCACAGAUAAAACAGGAACAUUAACUGAGAACAACAUGGAAUUCGUAGAAUGUUGCAUUGAAGGGCACGUUUAUGUACCACAUGUUAUCUGCAAUGGCCAAAUUCUCCACGAUUGUACAGGCAUUGAUAUGAUCGAUUCUUCUCCAGGAGGAAGUGGAAAGGAGAGAGAGGAACUAUUUUUUCGAGCUCUUUGUCUUUGCCAUACUGUUCAGGUAAAAGAUGAUGACAGCGUAGAUGGAUUGAAAAAAAACCAUCUCUCAAGAAGAUCUUGUAUAUAUAUUUCAUCAUCACCUGAUGAAGUUGCUUUAGUUGAGGGAAUACAGAGACUUGGUUACACCUAUCUAAGGCUGAAGGACAAUUUUAUGGAGAUCUUAAAUCGGGAAAAUAACAUAGAGAAGUUUGAAUUAUUAGAGGUUUUAAGUUUUGAUUCUGUGAGACGGCGAAUGAGUGUAAUUGUUAAAUCUUCAACAGGUGAUAUAUUUAUGUUUUGUAAGGGAGCAGAUUCUUCCAUAUUUCCUAGAGUUAAAGAAGGCAAAGUUGACCAAAUACGAUCCAGAGUUGAACGCAAUGCAGUGGAGGGACUGCGAACAUUGUGCGUUGCAUAUAAAAAGCUCACAGCAGAAGAAUACAGCAAUGCACAGAAGCUGCUUCAGAAUGCAAAGCUGGCCCUCCAGGACCGGGAAAAGAAAUUAGCAGAAGUGUAUGAGAAGAUAGAAAGAGAUUUUAUUUUACUUGGUGCUACAGCUGUUGAAGAUCGACUGCAAGAAAAAGCUGCUGACACUAUUGAAGCACUCCAGAAAGCUGGAAUUAAAGUUUGGGUUCUGACAGGAGACAAAAUGGAGACUGCUGCAGCUACUUGCUAUGCUUGCAAACUGUUCCGGAGAAAUACACAAAUACUUGAGCUAACCACAAAGAAAAUUGAGGAACAGAGUUUACAUGAUGUGCUUUUUGACCUAAGCAAAACUGUCCUAAGACACAGUGGCAGCUUAACCAGGGAUACUUUCUCAGGACUUUCAACUGAUAUGCAAGAUUAUGGUUUAAUUAUUGAUGGAGCAGCAUUAUCAUUAAUAAUGAAGCCAAGACAAGACGGGAGCUCUGGUAACUACAGAGAGCUUUUUCUUGAAAUCUGCAGGAACUGCAGUGCAGUGUUAUGCUGUCGAAUGGCACCUCUGCAAAAAGCACAGAUUGUAAAAUUGAUUAAGUUAUCGAAGGAGCAUCCUAUCACAUUAGCAAUUGGUGAUGGAGCAAAUGAUGUCAGUAUGAUUCUAGAAGCACAUGUUGGUAUAGGAAUCAUUGGCAAAGAAGGUCGUCAAGCAGCGAGAAACAGUGACUAUGCAAUACCUAAAUUUAAACAUUUGAAAAAAAUGUUGCUUGUUCAUGGGCAUUUUUAUUAUGUUAGGAUAUCUGAACUUGUGCAAUACUUCUUUUAUAAGAAUGUCUGCUUCAUUUUUCCUCAGUUUUUAUAUCAGUUCUUCUGUGGGUUUUCACAACAGACUUUAUACGAUACUGCGUAUCUAACACUGUACAAUAUCAGCUUCACUUCCCUUCCUAUCCUCUUGUACGGUCUAAUGGAACAACAUGUCAGUGCAGACACACUCAAGAGAGAGCCUUCCCUAUACAGAGAUGUUGCCAAGAAUGCUUUGCUGCGCUGGCGUGCAUUUAUUUAUUGGACAUUCCUAGGAGUGUUUGAUGCUGUGGUAUUUUUCUUUGGUGCCUAUUUCUUGUUUGACAACACAAUUGUGACCAGCAAUGGACAGCUAAUGACAACCAGCACUCACAUGAUGUUUGGAAACUGGACCUUUGGAACACUGGUGUUUACUGUGCUUGUAUUCACGGUUACAUUGAAGCUUGCACUAGAUACACACUAUUGGACGUGGAUAAAUCACUUCAUGAUCUGGGGAUCACUGGUAUUCUACAUUAUCUUUUCUCUGCUCUGGGGAGGAAUUAUUUGGCCUUUUCUCAAUUAUCAGAGGAUGUAUUAUGUGUUCAUGCAAAUGCUGUCUAGUGGUCCUGCAUGGCUGGGUAUAAUUCUGCUCAUAACUGUCAGCCUUCUUCCAGAUGUUCUCAAGAAGGUCUUAUGCAGGCAGUUGUGGCCUACAGCAACAGAAAGAAUCCAGAAUGCAUCGAGGCAGUGUCGGGAGCACAUCUCGGAAUUCACACCUCUUGCCUGUCUGAAAAGCCCAAGAUACAGGAGCAGUGACUGCAGCAAUUCCCCAGCAAGAAGGUCUAAUUCUCAUUCUAAAAAAAUGAUGUUUACGCACUGGAGAGGCGUUGAUUAUUCAGUACUUCCAUCUGUCUUUGGCUAUUCAAAUAAGCAUUGCCCUUCCAGUGCAGGCUACCGCUACAGUGGGUCAGGUUUGGAAACGUCUGUAUGACAGAACACCAAGUCAAGCCUUUAAAAACUGUACUUUUGUUUAUUUCUUUUUUCAGGAAACAAACAUGUCAUAGAAAUAUAUUAAACUAUACGUGGCUUUUGCUGUCUGAGGUAAUGUUCAGACAAACAGGAUCAAGAGCUAGAAGUAUGAACCCUUCCAGGCCAAUAGGCCUCUUUUUAUGUUUUGAACUACUGGAGCAAUGAACAAUCUGCACAGUCUGGUACUGUGAGACUGGUAGCACUAAAAAUUA